AUGGGACAGCACAUGGGAAGCAGGGGUAGGGACCAGCAGGGCAGCAGGGACCAGCAGAGGAGUAGGCAAGGCAGGAAAGGCAGGGAAACAAGCAGGAGAUCCAGUCAGGAGCAGGGAGGGGACCGCAGGCGCAGGGACCAGCAUCGGGGAUCAGCAGGAGCAGGGGUCCAGCAGGGCAGGGACCAGUCAGGGAUCAGCAGGAAAGAGGAGCAGGAGACCAGCAGGAGCAGGGACCAGCGGAAUAGAGGGACCAGCAGGGCACAGCAGGAGCCGGGAACCAGACCCGCCCCUCCUCCCCACUCUCUCACUUCCUCCCCUCCUUCCCCCUCUCUCCCCCUUCUCCCCUCUCUCAUCCUCUCCAGCUCUCUCACCCCUCCCCCCUCCCCUUCCCCCUCCCCCUUCCCUCCCCUCUCUCACCCCUCCCUCCUCCCCUUCCCCUCCCCCUCCUCCUCCCACCCCCUUCCUCCCUCUCUCACCCCUCCCCCUCCCAUCUCUCCCCCUCUCUCAGCCUUCCCCUCCCUCCCCUUCCCUCCCCUCCCUCCCCCUCUCUCACCCCUUCCUCCCCCUCUCUCAUCCCUCUCCAGCCUCUCUCCACCCUUCCCCUCCCCCCUCCCUCCCUCCCCUCUCACCCCUUCCUCCCCCUACUCUCAUCCCUCUCCAGCCUCUCGUCACCCUCCCUCCCCCUCCCUCCCCUUCCCUCCCCCUCCCUCCCUCCCUUCCCUCCCCCUCUCUCACCCCCUCCCUCCCCCUCCCUCCCUCCCCACCCCCCCUCCCCCUUUCUCACCCCUCCCUCCCCCACGCUCUGGAGAACACAACGCACUAAUCAUUGACAGUGGGAAGGCGAGGGUUAAAGCGGGACUGACCAGGACCGGGAAUCAAACGGCGGCCGAUAAAAUCACCAGAGUCACGCCUUGA